CAUUCUUUUAUCAGAUAUCGGUUCAUGCAAAUUAUUCUUAUUUAGCCAUGGAAGUUGGUUCUGCGAAACCGUGGCCCGUAACGUUGAAAGCUAAAAUGGAGGAUUUUGGAAGAAGUAUAAAGAAAGUUGGGGAAGAUGAUCCGAGAAGAGUUAUACAUUCACUGAAAGUAGGGUUUGCACUAACGUUGGUGUCCAUAUUUUACUACUAUCAACCACUUUAUCAAAGCUUUGGUGUGUCUGCAAUGUGGGCUGUUAUGACUGUCGUUGUUGUCUUCGAAUUUUCUGUUGGGGCCACUCUUGGAAAAGGACUAAAUAGGGUAAUGGCAACUCUACUGGCUGGUGCUCUAGGAGUUGGAGCUCAUCACCUGGCAGACCUAACCGGUCAUAUAGGCGAGCCCAUAUUACUUGGGACUUUUGUCUUCCUGCAAGCGGUAACAGCAACAUUUAUAAGGUUCUUUCCAAAAGUGAAAGCAAGAUAUGACUAUGGAAUUCUAGUUUUCAUCUUGACAUUCACCUUGGUAUCGGUCUCGGGUUUUCGGGUUGAUGAAAUCAUAGAAUUUGCACACAAGAGACUCUCAACCAUUUUAAUCGGGGGCUCUGCCUGUGUCAUCAUUGCCAUUUUUGUUUACCCUGUUUGGGCUGGCCAAGAUCUUCAUAAUCUCAUUGCUUUCAACUUGGAAAAACUCGGCAACUUCUUAGAAGGAUUUGGAGAUGAGUAUUUUAAAGUACCAGAAGAUGAAGAAGAAUCCGAAGAUCAGGGAUCAUUUAUGCAAGCUUAUAAAAGUGUUCUAAAUUCUAAGAGUAAUGAAGAAUCACUGGCUAAUUUUGCAAGAUGGGAGCCAGGGCAUGGACGGUUCCAAUUUGGGCACCCUUGGAAACAAUAUUUAAAAGUUGGAAAUUUAACUCGCCAAUGUGCCUAUCGAAUUGAGGCACUAUAUGGCUACCUAAAUGAUGACAUCAAGGCAUCCGUAGAUGUGAGGAGUAAAAUUGAGGAAGCAUGCACAAAAGUAAGCAUCGAAUCUGGCAGAGCACUGAAGGAACUUUCAAUGGCAAUAAAAAGCAUGACCUAUCCCAUCUCAGCUCAUAAACACAUACACAAUGCAAAAAUGGCUGCAAAUAAUAUCAAGUCUUUACUCAAGUCUAGCCCAUGGGAGAAAAUUGAGCUUUUACAAGUAAUCCCACUGGUUACGGUAGCUUCACUUUUAAUUGAUGUGGUCAAUUGCACUGAGGAAAUUGCUGAAUCCGUUUGUGAACUUGCUUCUAAAGCGCGCUUUAAGAAGGUCGAUUGUCUCGGUGUAUCACCGGAAACAUUGCGGAAUGUUAAGUCCCCACGCCACGCCGAUGAUCAUAAGCACCAUCUUGUUAUCUCAGUUGACGAUAAUUCUUCUGCACCAAAGAUUAGUGAUUACAAAUAAAAAAAUUAUCAUUUUUUCGAAAUUGGAUUAAAAUAAUUUUUCUAUUAAUUUUAGAAAUUUGGAAUUUUUUCCGUGACUUUUAGUAUUUUAUAACUGAAAUUCCUUGCAACUUUUGUAAAGGCAGUUUCAAUUAAUUAAACUAAAAUAUCAGGAGAAAUAAAUAAAUUUUUAAGAUUUAAAGAGAAAAUAAAUUAUUAAUCUUCGGUGCAGAAGAUUAAUUUUUUUGGGUGAUCUUUAAGUAUAUUUAGGUUAGUGUAGCAAUAUACAAACAUAUUUCUGUUGCUGAUUUAAACUUUAAUUAUAUGAUGUCCGUACUGAUUUAUGUACGAUAAGAGACCUAAUUGACAGGAAAUUCCUGAACAGUGUAAUCAAUUUAUUUGUUCUUUGCUUAUUACUUGAUAUAUAUAUGGCUCAAAAUAAACUUCUAUAAAUGACUGAUGUUACAGCUUUA